AACCUUCAUAUAGUGUUCGUAAAUGAAUAUAGAAGAUAUAAUUUUGAAAAUUAUUAUUUUAUGUUUGCAUUUUCUUUUGCUCUUUUUCUCUCUCUACUUCCUGCUGUCGCUAAUAUAUAUGGUUAUGAUGAACUUCUUAGGGCUAUGAUUUCAUCUGUUGUCAAAAGAGUCAUUUGGUAUCCUGUGUUGCCGUUAGCUCAAAUUUUUGGUGGCAUCAAUGAUACUUGCUAUUAUAUUAAUUAUGAAGUCCCUUACCCACUUAAGUUCAUUUGCUCUAUUUGCUUAUCACUUCAAGGAUUCUUGAAUGCUUUAGUAUUUGCACAAGAUAUCGCUGUUACUCUUUCACAACCUUCUCUCUUAGAGUGGUUAAGAUACAUGCUAUUAAUUAAACUUUUCUCUCCUCCAAAAAUUCGACCUCGAGAAAUUUCAUCUGAUCAUUUAUCAUCGAAUAAUUCCUUUGGAGGCAAUGAGCCUUCUGUUCUUGUUGAUGGUGAAGUUCAAGGUAUUAAACCUGUUCAUUCAAAAGAUUCUUACCAACAUUCCUCUAUUGAACCAACAAAAAGAAUAUCAAGAAUAUCCGAAGAAUUUAAAGAAAUUGAAACAACGUUAAGAAGACUUUAA